AUGGAUACUACUAUUAGUCAGUCCAUCACCAUAUUCCUAAUCACUUUCUUAGUCUUGCUUCCCCAUAACUCAGCCAAAUUCUGGUGGAAAGUUCAUUAUGUCCACAUACUAAACCACCUGAGUGACCCCUCAGCCCAGUUACUAGUGCACUGCAAAUCAAAGGAGGACGAUCUCGGACUUCAUUAUAUUGCAGUAAACAACGAAUUCCAAUGGCACUUUCGCAACGAAGUUUUCAAGCAGACUCUGUUUUGGUGUCGUUUGCAGCCAUCCCACAACAUUAGAACGGCUGCUUUUGUAGCUUACAUAAACAACGAAGAGCAAACUCCUAAGGAAUAUGGAUACCAUAAUUACUGGAUUGGUAAAGACGAUGGAGUCUAUUCCAAAAGGAUGAAUCACGAUAAUAAUCAAUGGGAAGAAAAACUGCAGGUUCGUUGGGAAUAG